GACGAUUUCAAUUUAAGCCGGUCGCUGGUGAUGUUUGGGCGGGCGUUGAAUGGUGUCUUGGCCACGCUUCGGUAUCACGAUACGGUUUGUACUCGCUCCAGCGAAUCCGGCGAAUUGUGGAGUAAUCACGCACGGGCGAAUCUCUGGAGAAAUGAGCCAUCUCCGAUCACCUGGUCUCGCAUCCUAUCGAAUGCGCAGGGCUUUGAGAAUGUGCUGCUCCGUAUAAAGACAUCGUGCUUGCUCGAUCACGCCGAUCUACGGUCUUGCUGUCCGUACUCUCUUCCUCGCUAUCUCUCGAAGACGAUCUUCAUAAAAUUAAUAUGGCUGUCGGCACGACCGUCGCCUCCGAGGCGAGUCCUGCUAUCGGGCAGUUGCUGGAUCCGAAAAGGAAGUGGUACAACAACCGGCGACUUAUCACUCUACACGCAUGGGUGGUUCUCUUUGUCAUCAUCUCAUCUGCAAACGGCUUCGACGGCAGCUUGAUGAACAGCUUCCAGUCUUUAUGGCAAUGGGAGGGAUACUUCAAAACUCCGAAUGGUUCUCUCCUGGGUGUUCUGAGCGCUAUGCAGAAUAUCGGAUCUCUGGCAGCGUACCCAUUCGCGCCGUAUCUUUCUGACGGGAUCGGCCGCCGGAUGACGAUCUUCGUCGGCUCGGCUAUCAUUCUCGUCGGUGUCGGUAUCCAGUCGGCAGCGACGAAUAUGGGCAUGUUCAUUGGCGGACGGUUCCUGAUCGGAUUCGGGGUGUGCUUUGCUGGCCAAUCCGCACCGUUAUUGGUCACCGAGAUCUCAUACCCACCGUAUCGCGCACCGUUGACAUCGGUGUACAACUCGCUCUGGUACUCAGGAAACGUGAUCGCAUCCUGGACGACUUAUGGCACCGCAUACAUCCCGAACGAGUGGUCAUGGCGAAUUCCGUCCAUAAUCCAGGGUAUCCCGUCGCUUCUCCAGUUCAUUCUCAUCUUCUUCGCGCCAGAAAGCCCCAGAUGGCUCAUUGCCAAGGGCAAGGAAGCUGAAGGCCUGAAGAUCCUCGCGUACUACCAUGCAGAUGGCAAUGACCAGGAUCCCCUCGUGCAAUUCGAGUUCGAAGAGAUCAGGGCUGCUAUCGCUUUCGAUCGUCAGGUGAACAAGAAAGUCGGAUGGAAGGCGCUUUUCGCCACCCCGGGUAACAGACGGCGCAUGACCAUUGCGAUCGCGAUAGGGUGGUUCUCGCAGUGGACAGGCAAUGGUCUUGUAUCGUACUAUCUUAACAAGGUCUUCGACACGAUUGGAAUCACCAGUACGACCACUCAACUGCUCAUUACAGGAAUCCUUGCAAUAUGGAACCUGGUCAUUUCGAUCGGAGCAUCUUUCCUGGUCGACCGGGCUGGCCGUCGUCCGCUGUUUUUGUGGGCCACUGGAGGCAGCUUGGUGUUCUUCACGCUGCAAACAAUCUGUUCUGCGCAGUAUGCGUUGCACGGUAACCCAGCCGCUGCGCAUGCGGUCAUUGCCUUCAUUUUCUUGUUCUACGGGUUCUACGACUUGGCAUUCACUCCUCUCAUCAUCACCUACACCGUCGAGAUCCUUCCGAACUCGCUUCGCGCUAAGGGCCUCACCGUGUAUAGCGUUGCUGUCUCGCUCGGGCUGAUCUUCAACCAAUAUGUCAAUCCUGUCGCGCUCUCCAGGCUGGCAUGGAAAUAUUACAUAUUCUACUGCUGCUGGAUCGCCUUCGAGUUCGUCUUCCUGUACUUCAUGCUCAUCGAGACGAAGAACCGCACGCUGGAAGAGACGGCUGCACUGUUCGAUAACAAGGACAUUGCGCAAGCCGUCGUUGCUCCCAUGGAGGUGGAGGAGGUCCGCCAAGAUGACAAGAGCUAUGCAUCCGAAAAAGCGGUGGAGAGAGUUGUGGAGGAUAUUCCAGCCUGACCGCAAUGCCAGAUGUAUGAGAUCUGGUUGUGUAUGUAUUGUAUGGACAAAGCCAUAUCAUCGUGCAACGUCCUGUGCAUCAUUGCCAUGUUCCUGUAUUUACCUCCCGUAGGUUGUAGGGUCAUAUGAUCGUCAUCGAUACAUCGUUUGGUCGUGAU